AGGCGUUUCUUUUCAAGGAAAUAUACAACCAGGAUUUAGUAACCCCGAUAUCGUGUGGGCUGACGAGCGACCAGUCGUCGUUUGCCGGACUGCAACGCUGAAGUUAAAGGUAUGCCCACAUUAUAGCUAUUUGGGAAACAAACAUUUGCCCUUACCAAAUUUAUAAAUCACUACCCAGAGAUGUGAGAUACAAAGUAAAAUUUGCUCUAUCUAAAUGCUUUAAGAUGUCAAUGAAGAAUGGUCAGCUUCGGGAGAUUACUAAAUCAACUGUUUGGGUAACAGUAUUUAUUCAUCUCCUUUUAUGUGUGUUCGGACAGCUGGUCGCACCACAAGAUGUGCAGUUAACCUCUGAAAACUUUAGAUAUAUUGUAACAUGGAAACCAGGAGUUGGGACGUCUCCAGACACACGAUACACAGUUGAGAUUAGCAACCUGAACAAUGCUCAAGGGAAAUUCACUCCAGUGAAAAGAUGCACCAAUAUUACAGCACACUCAUGUGACCUAUCACGGAGGUUUAAGUCUUUUUCCAACCUUUACUGGGCUCAGGUUAAAAGUGUCACCAACCAAUCUGAAUCCUCAUGGGUGGAAUCGAAGGAGCUUCUGCCAAUCCGGGACACCAUUGUGGGUCCCCCAAUUGUUAUGGUGGAAAGCAAUCUCCAGAUAAUUGAAGUCACUCUUGACAUGCCUCUGACACCACACAAGGAAGAAGAUAGUCAUAAACUAAAGACACUGAGGGAUAUUGAUCCAUAUUUGAUUUACAUUAUCCUUUUUGUUGAUGAAAAUGGCAAAGCGUAUACAAAUAGAAAAGUAAAACCUGAUAAAUCGGGGAAAGGAUAUUAUCGGUUUGAAAAUCUAAAAUCCAACUUUACAUACUGUGUUGUAGCCAGGUUUGAGUCAUUACAUAACUAUCACAUGAAGGAUUCCAGAAAGAUUUGCAAAACCACCUCAACUCAAAAUACAGAUAUACUGUGGAUUGCUCCCUUAGUAGCGGGGGCUGGUUUCAUUGUAGUUUUGAUCAUCACUGGUAUUGGGAUAUGGAUGAUGAAAGAAUUUACUUACCUACAUUUGGUCCAGUCAGAUCUUCCUAAAUCCUUGGUCAUUAUUUCUCAGGAAUUACAUGUGAAUCUGCAAUGCAAAGAGCUUGAUGAAAAUCCAGAGGCUGACCAUAUCUCGUUCAUUACACACAGUGAUUAUGCCAAUGACUAUUACCAGAAAAGCCAGAGAUUACAUUUUACCAUGUCAUUAACUGGCAGUAUGGAUGGAAAUGUUUUCGACCAAAGUAGUGAAUUGAAUUGUACAAGUUAUGAGUGUAACAGAUUACUGCAAGUAAAAGAUGGUUGCACAGACAAGGAGAAUGAAUGCAUUCCUAUCUCCUUCCAAACAUCUACUGAAAAUGGUGGAUCUUCAAGCAUCACCCCAAACAUCAGCCUCAGAGUUCCAGGAUCCUCUCAUUUACUGUACCAACAGUUUUUAAGUGAUGAAGAUACAGACGACACAAGCAGGAACAACACUGCUAAAGACAUUCAGGCAUCAGAGACUGUACAUCAUCAAUUUGAUACCUCUCAGGAAAUUAAUCUAGAGACCACAGAAAUAAGGAUUUGGAAUUGUGCCGAUAUCCAUUUAAGUUCGGUAAAACUUUUCAUCAACGACGGCGCAGAGUGGGAUAAUUUGGAAACUGACUCAAGUGCAGGUGGAACAUCUGAUCAGCUUACUACUGAUGACUUGUGUUCUCCAGUUACCUCUCUGUUAACAACAGCCAUUAAUCCUUCCCCAAAUGGCAUCCAGGGAUAUCACACACAAUCUAUAAAACUCCCUCAAUCUGGAUCAUGAUAGGUUUCUGAACCUGGUCUAAAAGCCCUGCUCUCAUAUUUUCGAACUUAAAUGGAUGCAUUUCUCUAAAUAUGAGGCACACUGGAAAUCUGUAUGAAAGAUAUGGUUGUAAAUGAUUCUAAAAUGUCCAAACAAGCCACUCAGUUCAUGAACACUCAGUAUGAAAUACAUUAAAUCCAGCCGACCAAGCAACCUCGAUCCAUUACAGUACACCUACCGCCCCUGCAGGUUCACAGCUGAUGCCAUCUUCCUGGCCCUAUAAUCAUCCCUGGAACACCUGGAUAAGAGAGACAACUAUGUCAGAAUUCUUUUCAUAAAUUACAGCUCUGCUUUUAUUCGCAUUAUCCAAGCUCAUCUCCAAACUCAUGGAACUUGGAGUUAGCACUUACCUCUGCAAUGGGAUCCUCGACUUGGUCACCAACAGCCUACAAUCAGUGAGGAUAGAUGAUAAAACAAUAAUGCUCAAUACUGGCUAUACAGUGUGCAAAAGAACCUUUGGCCCAACCUGCCCACACUGACUAACCUGUCUCAUCUAGACUAGUCCCACCUGGCUGCAUUUGGCCCAUAUCCCUCUAAAACUGUCCUAUCCA